AUGUCCACGGUGUCCUUUACAGAAUCGGAUAAGAAUGAUCUUCGCGAGUUUUACCGCAUUUACGACUUUGCCAAAGUAAACAGUGUAGAUCACACGGUAGAGACUUGUAUAGAUCGUAAUAUAACUCCACAGCAACUCUUUGAGGAUCUGUACAAAUUACAUCACGUGACUCAAUUACCAGAUCGUCUGGCGGCUGCUCAACGUUUACGAGAUGCGGUGCCAACAGCCACUGAUGAGGAUGUCGAGAGUGUUCUUCGACACAGCGAGAUGAGUCAAUUGGCGGAGUGUGAUGCGCUGCGGGCCCUCCGUCGUCGUUUGGGUGUAAAGUCAAACACAUCUCUAUUGCCUUUAUCCUUAUCCUCCACAUUAUUAUCAACAACUAAUACAACAGCAACAACAUCUAUACAGCAGAGUAUGCCGUUGAAAAAAGUAACUGUAUCUUCUUCUCAAGAUGCUCCUUCUACUACUGCUGCGAUCCCUUCCAAGACAACAACAAUAACAACAACAACAACAACUGCUAUUAUUGAUAAUGGUGAUGAUAAUAGUGGUGGAAGAGUCAAACAACUCAACGCCGGUCCAACACGUGCGGUGAUGGAUGAAAUUAUGACAGCAGAGUGUCGUGAUUGGGUCGCUCAAGUGGUGGGAGAUGUAUUUAACGCUGAUGUAUUAAAGAGUGAAAACUUUGUGGAUUCACUUCGUAGUGGUGUAGUACUUUUAGUGUUAUUGCAAAAACUUCGUGAUCCACCUGUGCCGGAUAAUGAAUUAAAGAUUCCAAAGAGAAGUAUUGGUUUCUUUGCCCGUGAUAAUGUUAUUUCCUUUUUAAAAGAAGCGAGAAAAACUUAUGAUUUAGUGGAAGCUCAACUCUUUACAGAUUCUGAUCUCUGUGAUGGAAAGAAUGAUCGGGCUGUAGUGACUUGUUUACUCUCUAUUGCCCGUAUUGCAUAUACACGUGGAAGUACCAAAUUGGCACCUGCAAUGAUUAUGUAUGAACAAGAAAUUGAUGCCAAGAUGAAGAAUGUAACGCAGCAACAAAUUGAUGAAGUGAUAUUAGCAGCAGAAGCCUCGGAAUCGGCUUCAGAUGUAUUGGAAGAAGAAGAAGAAGAAUGUGUAGAAAAAGAAAAAGAACCACAGCCUUCUAUAAUACCUGUUGUGAAUGAAGAUGUGCAGAUAACAGAAUCUCCUACACCGAUAAAAGAAAAAGAAAAGGGAGAAAAGAAUGAAAAUAUAGAAGUAGAUCACAUUAUCAAUCCCAUUUCUAAUGUAAACCCUGUAGAACCGUUAACAUCUAUUAAAGAGCCGGAUGAUUUGGCAACAGAAGGAGGAAGGGAUGAAAAUGAAAAAGAAACUGGAAUGACCAUGACGGAAACAACCAAUACACCAGCGAAAGGAUCAGAUGAUACUUCUCCUGUUGAUAUACAAAUAGAUAAAAAGGAAAAGGAAGAAUUAAAGGAUAAAAAGACUGGACGAAUUUUUUAUUUACGUGGUGGGGCUAUUGGAGAAGAUUUAGAGAAACUUCCAACUACUCCACCCAAGUCUUUACAACGACCAACAUCAUCACAGUUAUCACCCCGUGCACGUUCAGGUAAUGUAAACAUUUCAACUACACAAACUACACAAGCACCUCCAAAGUAUAGACCACGCCGAUGGGAUGAAAUUGAUACAGUUUUAAGUAUUGUAGUAAAUGCCCAUUUUACUCAACAUCCUCUUUCACAAAUUCGUUUUCGUCGUCUUUCCUCUACGGCAGGUGAGUAUGUAGUUUAUCAUCGUGCAUUAGGGCAUAAGCGACUUUUAUAUGCACGUAUUAUACAGGGAAAGUUGAUGAUACGACCAACUGCUAAUAACAGUGGAGGGGCACCCACGUGGAUGGAUUUACAACAAUGGCUUGAUCGCUAUGAGAAGGAAUUAGAAGUACAAAAGUGA